AACGAUGUCGAGAGAAGGCAAAGAAAAGUUCGCACCCACAGAAUACCUUGCGAUUGUGGGUAGGGGCAUCAACUUUGCGAAUAAAAAUCUCUUUUUGGAUAUAAAGUCAGUCAAGGUAUUGAAUGGGCGAUGGAAAUAAAGAUGCAGAAGAAGCUAGAAUUGUUUUGUUUGUUCCACAUUAUGACACGCUUUCGAUAUAUAAAAAGUUUAAUUUCACAUAACUAGCACAUUAAACGCCCUCGCGUGGCUGUGUAUUGACAAACUUCUUUCCUCUGCAUUUCUCUCUUGACUUCCUGGUAAAAUGAAACGUAUCGCUGCCUAUUUAGAAUGACGCCACCCUGGGAAAAUAAACACACGUGAGAUCGACAUGUUUUAUGAAAUACAUAAAUAACCUCACAUUUCAAGAUUAAAUUUAUUGUUUAUUAUAACAAAGCGGUUGGUAUUCCUGAAUAUUUAUGUGCCUAUUUUAUGGUCACAGAUGAUGCAACAUAUAGGCUAGUAAACAUCAGCUUCUUAUUGUGGUACUGAGCUGCAAAAAUAGAGAACAGAAAACUGUGUUGUUGAAAACUUUCAGUCUUCAGUCAACUGUUAAAUUGACGUUAAAACAUGUAUGUCCCUCAAAUAUUUUCGAGUUGCUGUUAAUAUAAUCUAAUAACUAUUAGACUGCGAGCAGCUGUCCAUAAAAAUUGUACGUAAAUAUUUUAUAUUAUAUUUUGAAUAACAGUGUGCAUCACUUGGGGGGGCUUAGUUCGGGGCAUUUUUUAAAACGUGAGAACCCCACCCUCUAGUGUGGCAUUAACUACUUACUUCAGGGGUCGCCAAAGAGUAGAAUAGUUCAUUAAAAACCUGCCCAUUCAGAUUUGUUAAGUAUAAAAUAAUUUCUCUCUGAACCUCAAAAUACCUUUGCAUGGGAGGUUAUGUUACAUGUUGUGAUGUGAAGAUGUUAUAAAAUAAAUGUUAAGGGAAAGUAAGGGAUAUUGGUAUGCUUAUGUUUUGUUAAUCAAAUGCAACUAAUCUAAAAGGAAUUGUCUUUUGUUACGAGGUGGAAAUUAAUAUUUGGGUAUCUUGAGAGUUCUAUAAAAAUACAAAACUGUAAAUGACUCGUGCAAGUUAUUGUGAUUGCAAGUUAUUUCCUAAAAGUUAUGUUGUUCACAAAUUACUUUCACAAUUCACAAGUUAUUUUUUGAAUAUGGUAUUUACUGAUAUGGUGCUACUGUAUAUAAUGAGAAAAUGAAUGCUCUCAUAUAAAAACAAAUCCUUUCCAGAUGGCCACUUUACAGUAUGUUGACGUUCAUAAUACAACACCUCUGUUCCUAUAGAUAUUUUGGUAGAAGCGUUCAUUUUUUUUAAAGCAUUGACUUUUCUCUCAACCUGUUUACGUCAAACUCACUAUUACUAUUAUUGUGUAACUGUUAUAAAAGAGAGAAUUCAAUAAAGUGAAGUUCAAGGUCUGAAAAGUGUUUAUUUUGUUUUGUAAACACUUGACAGCGACGGAUGACGUCAUUGCACAUGUUCAACACUAGAUGGCAGCUCAAGCAUAUCCACUGGUUAUGAUUAUGCUCGUGGAUGAUUUUAGUUUACAAAUGAAUAAUCAAUGUCUGUGCUGCACAUGCUGUAUAAUAACAGAUACUUUUGAACCCAAUCACAAAAAGAUCAAAACUUAAUCUUGUUGCAUUAAGUGUAUAUUUUCAAUCAUCACUCUAUCCCAAAUGAGUUGAACAGGUAAUCACACAUUUACUGCAAUAUGCACAUUAACACAUUUACAGCUGUAUUUAUAGUCGUUCUUACCAUUUCCUGUAACAUGCACACAAAGAGCAAACAUCCCUCAAUAAAACAGGUCUAGCACCUUCCUCCUGGAGACAGAGAAAGGUUAGGGGUCAAAGUGUAGCAUGGGUCAACUUAUUCAAGAGUUUUGUCCUGCUCUGCCUAUGUAUGUAUAUGAAUUAGUGUGUGUGUCUGUCUGUCUCUUAAUAUGACUGUUAAAAGAGGAAUGCCUCUAGUUUUUACAACCCUUAACAAACUUGGUACAAAACUUUACACACAUUCAAAGCCACACAUAUGCUGAAGAGUUAAAGAGUUAAAACCUGAUAAACAAAGACCUUAUUUAACUUUGCAUUUUAUGUGAUAUAUAUAAGCAUAAUAUUUGAUAGAUUCUAGUGUAAUGUAAGUAAUUCAAUAUUUUUUUUAUGGUGAACUCACUACCAUCAGUUAGAAAGUGAGUGUGUAUAGGUCUGAGUAUGUGUGUCUAUUAGGGGGUGGGUGUACCGGUGCAUGUCAGACAGCAAAGAGCCACAGUUAUCUAGGAAUCUGAGCCAAAAGAGCCUUACAAACAAAAAAGGAGCACAGGAGAGCGAGAGGGAGGGAUAGACGAGAGAAGAUCAAAUAAAAGAGAAAAACAGGAGAAGAGACAACGAGGAGCACAUAGUGAGAUUACAAUGUGGAGGAUUGAGUGAGAAAUUGACUACAGAGGACACUACACAACUGUGUACAACUUCAGAUCCGAGAAGACGAAAAAAAAAACAGAGCAACAAGAGUGUGGCAAUAGAAAAAAAAAUGAAGGAUAGGUAUUAGGGGAGAAACUAGUAAACUAAAGAGAGGAAAAUCGAAGGAACAGGUGCAUACUAUCUCUUUGGACAGUUAUUUCCCACUGGUGGACCGAGCACCAUGCGUGCAUGUGUGUGCGUGCUGCCCUUGCUUUUGCUAGGAGCCGACAUGAUGCGCAUGUACGUGCUGGGACAGAGGGAUACCUUGGUGGCCGGACCCCCCAACAGCAUAUGUGAGGGUAGCUGCAGUGCAACAGCUUCACCCCCUAAAAUGCAUCACUCGCAGGACUCACGGCUCAGAAAAACUUCAGAGAAUCGCAGAAGCGCACAGGUGUCUGAUGCAUCUGAACGUCUCAUCCAGCUCCAGCGGUGUAUGCUGCAACACGAAUCGGUGGCUUUGAGUCGGACGGACGCGUCUGAUUCACUCGUAGCCUUUCUGGCUCUUAUGGCAGCAGUGCUGACAGAAUGUGACCUCCACUGCCAUAGUCAGAGACUCAGAGAGAUGUCCACCAGACUCGAAAACGUGGUGGGCAGAGGUGGAGAGAAAGACUUGCUGCUGUUGUUAAAGGGUAUCACACGUUCUACACCUAACAGCCCCAAACCAACAGUUCCUCCCACAGCAGGGCUUUACCCUCAAGAUUGUCAAGAGAUCUACCAAUUAGGAAUCAAAGAGAACGGAAUUUACACCAUACAACCAGAUCCAAAGCAGCCAGCGCUAGAGGCUGUGUGUGACAUGACUUCAGCCGGUGGUGGGUGGACAGUGUUCCAACGUCGGUUUGAUGGAAAAACGGACUUUAAUCGAACAUGGCAGGAGUACCGUGAUGGAUUCGGCUCCCCACAGACAGAGCACUGGUUAGGCAACGCCGUUCUCCAUGCCCUAACCUCCAGUGGCCAUCACAUCCUCCGCAUCACUCUCCAAGACUGGCACGAACAGAAGCGGCAUGCAAACUAUAACACCUUUAAAGUGGCAGGAGAAAACCAGAGGUUCCGCCUAACUGCUCGAGAUUUCCACGGCGAUGCUGGCAAUGCUCUCAGUUAUAGCAAACAGUAUAAUCACGAAGGCAGAUUUUUCAGUACGUAUGAUCGGGAUUACGACCGCUACGCCGCUGGAAACUGUGCCCGGUACUAUGGUGCAGGUUGGUGGUUUGACUCCUGUUUGGCAGCUAACCUUAAUGGACGCUACUACCACGGGCGUUAUAGUGGCAUCACAGAUGGAAUCUACUGGGGCACCUGGUAUAUCCUGACCGACUAUCGCUCAGGAGAAAGAUACUCAUUCAAAAGUGUCGAAAUGAAAACGAGACCAAGAAGGAGCUAGGAAAGACACAAAGAAACUGAUGUUUUUUUUUACAACAUUUGAUGAUGUAAUCUUUAUGAUUUUUACUGUAUGCAUUCACAUGCAUUCUUUUUUCAUCUUAAAUAUUUGACAAGGACUUUUAGUUUUACUGUAACCUGGACGAGACAUUUUAUUGAAUUUAAGAAUUUCAGUGGUAUGAUAUAUGAGAAUGUUUAUAAACAUUUUCUUAGACAAUAAAUUUUAAAUCUCACAGUUUUGGUGUAUAUCCCCAUUUCAAAGGAAUGCAUUUAUUUAAAUUCUAUUCAAUUGAAUUCUUAUUUAAAGGUCCAGUGUAUGAAAUUUAGUGGCAUCUAGCGGUGCAACAAAUGGCUCACUCCACCCCUCCCUUUCGAAACACUACAGUGCCUGACACAGAACUAAGAUGCCUUCUUUGCCGAAGGAGAUAAUGUAUUUACGAAACGCGAUCUGUAGAGCAGUUUGUCCUUUUAGGGCUACUGUAGAAACAACAUGCCGAAUUCCAUGUAAGGGGACCCGCGGUGUAUGUAGAUAGAAAUAGCUAAUUCUAAGGUAAUAAAAACAUAACGCUUCAUUGUGUAAGGUCUUUAUACACCUCUGAACACAUAGUAAUAUUAUAUUGCAUUUCUGUCGAUAGAUCCUCCAAAAAAUUACACAGCACCUUUAACCCUUUCACGCACUGGGGUUGUUAUAAAGUCAUACAUGAAAGGAUUAUUUUGCAUUAGCUUUAAAAUAGUUUUAAUUGGUCAAUAUACACAAAAACGGGUCGCUAAACUGGAUCAGAUAUAAAAAAAGAAUAAUGCUAACACCUUUCAACCCUGUCUGGGUGUGUUUUUCAAAAAUGAGUGGUAACUGUACUUUGUAAAGGAUGGCACGCAUCACAUUGAAGAGAGGUCAAAGUUCAGAAGCUGUGCAUCACUCACAAUUAAAUUCCAAUCAAAAUGAUAUUCCCAAAUCCUGUGCACAAAUGAUGUUACUACAAGCUGAACCACUUGGUAUCAAAUGGCCGAUCACGCACAUGGUCAUCCACCUUCUCUGUGCGCUCUCCAGGUGAGCGGCUGCCAUACCAAAGCCAACAUUCAAUUGUGCUGCCAAACAUUCAAUCUUUCCCACCGACACGUUCGAAGACAUAAAUCCUCGUUACAUCUUUCACUAAAGGGAGUAAACUGUGGAUGAUUUGGGUUUGGAAACAAAAAAAUCUAAAAGUUUGUUGUGAGCCACUGCGGUCGGGUGUUCGAAUUUUAGUGUGAUGGCAUCAUAGGUAUUUGAAAUGCACACAAACAAACUCACAGGAAUAUGACAUUAAUAAGGUGGGGUUCUGAUCUUGAUGCUUGAGAGUCAGAAAGUGUGUGUGAGACUCUGUCAAAUCUGCCUCUGUUUAGCUGUAUUCACGAAGAGAUGCCAGUAUCUAUUAAUACUCUCUGCCUAUGAUCUGCUGAGUAUCAACCAGAUAUGAAAUUUCACAUGCACAUAUUCAAACUCAUAGAUACAGAAAUACAGAAGUGUAUUCCUAUAUAAAGAUUAUUUUUAUCGAAAUCAUGUCUGGCCAGGGUCUAUAAAGGCAACAUAUUAUUUAUCCAGUGGUUUGGAGAUCAUUUUAUCUCUUCAAAAGAUUGAAACUUCAAACUUGGCCAUGUUCUAAUUUUAUGUAUGUGUUUAUAUAUAUAUAUAUUU